CGCUUGUGUGGCUCCUCAGUUUAGCUCUCGAGAACUGCUCGUUCACUCCAGACGCUGACAUUGACCUACCCAUCUGAAGAUGCUCACGGCUCGGGAAUUUUAUGGCUUACAGAAAAUGCAAAAGCAGGCUUGGGCAACCUGGCAGUAUCCCAGCCCUCGUGCUUCCCUCGGGUGGCAUGGCAGCUAGGCACCGGGAGCGUGCUACAGCUGAACGCUCUUGGCCUAUCACUUUGUCCUUACAUUCACUAAACUCAUCGCAAACAAAACUUCUUUGCUUUCAGACGCUUGGCAAACUAGCGAACAAUCCCCGGGCUACUGCUUUACUGAACAAAGUUACCGAGACGCUGAACAAAACGGCACAAAAACACACAAAUGAGGCAGUCGAGAGCAUAUUACAUCCACAACUGAAUGAUAAGCAUCAAACAGCCCCGAGUAGUAAGAAGGCUAAGAAGAAGAAGAAAAAGAAACCGACAAAGCCUGACACUAUUGAUCCUCAUCAACAGAUCAGCGCCGCUUCAUCGACAACUUAUACCCUCUCUGAUAAAAAACUCGUCCAGACGCCGGAUGCCUCCCGUGAAACGGACCAGCUGAGUAAGAAUCAACGCAAACGAUUACGCAAAAAGUUGAAGAAGCAAGGCCCCGAACUAACGACGCGACAGACAACGAGUGAUUCAAAUGUACCCAUACAGCCUCCCGCUACUGGUCUGAAACGACAGCUUCCUCUUCCCGUUUCCCCCUCAGAGGAGCCUUUGGCCCAUUCCAAGAAGAGACUCCGUACUUCUCCUGACCCUCAGAUCGAUCCGGUAAAACGGACUUUGGAACCUCUGCACCAGAAAUGCAAGUCCUUAGAUACCUCCGAGUCUAUUGAUGCCAAAAUGGAGAACCAAUUUAUUCCGGUUGACCCAGUGGCUUUAGGACGCAAGGAGUUGGAGGCACUCUUAACGCCUAUUUCAAUCAGCGAUUUUUUUGCGAAAUACUUUGAGAAGCAACCCCUGCUCAUUCAGCGCAAGAGUUCAUUUAAAAACCAGUGGCUAACAACUUAUGAGAUCGACACCCUCCUGCGACAGGAACGCGUGAUGUUCACCGAACACUUGGAUUUGGCCGCUUACGAAGAUGGACGGCGCUACACGCUGAAUCCACCAGGACAGGCCUUUCCUUCAGUCGUUUGGGAUCAUUAUAAUACCGGUUGCUCCGUUCGCCUAUUGUGUCCUCAGGUGUUCUUUAGCAACAUCCGUGAACAUUUGAGUUUGCUGCAAGAAUACUUUGGUUGUUUUGUCGGUGCCAACGUCUACCUCACACCGCCGGGUAGUCAGGGUUUCGCCCCACAUUAUGAUGAUAUCGAAGCGUUCGUCUUACAGCUGGAGGGGACUAAACGUUGGCGUAUCUAUGCUCCACGAAAUGAGUCCGAAAAACUAGCAUGUGACCCAAGCCCCAACUUUACUCAAGAGGAGAUCGGUGAGCCGAUCCUUACAGCCACGUUGAAGCCGGGGGAUGUGCUCUACUUCCCACGUGGUUACAUCCAUCAAGCUGAAACUUCCGAGGAUACGCACUCGCUUCAUCUCACCAUAAGCGCCUAUCAGAAACACAGCUGGGGUGACUUCCUCUCAAAACUCCUCCCUAUCGCGUUGCAGUCAGCAAUAGAGACCAGCGUGGAAUUUCGGAAAGGUUUACCUGUCGGUUUCCUGCGUCAUGUGGGUGGAUUCUCCCAAUCCAUGUCCAAUAAAGAGAAGGAUAAGUCGGGUGAGUCUACAAAGGUUGUGGCCCAUGUUCGCGCAGAAGUUGUGGCCCGCUUGCGGAUGUUAGCUGACCAACUGGAGCGACAGGCUAACACGGGUCAACAGGAGUCCUCCUCAGCUCCAUGCCAGUCUUUGACUGCUCCGGAUCCGUUACUCACGGCUGCGGACCUGUUUGCUACCGAUCUGAUUGCACAGUCUCUGCCACCGCAACUCAAAGAUGAAGAGUUGAUGUGCCACGUGAAAAGUCAAGGCGAACGUUGGUGCAUGUUCACCACAGCUGAAGGGGAAAGUGGCGGCUCUAAGAAGCCAGGUGUGGUAGAUCUGGUCGAACUGGAACCGGAUACCAAAAUUCGUUUGGUUCGCUGGAGCGCCGUUCGGGCCGUACGUACACGUGUUGCUUCAGCCACCGGCGCUCCAGCGUCCGGUCAGGAUGAAUCUACCGAUGAUGAAGGUUCCGGAAGUGAGUCCGAAGAAGACCCCAAGGAUCUGAUUGCUGUCUACCAUUCACUGAGCAAUACCAAUGUGUACAAAGAACGUCCGUUAGAUGAGAUGGCCCUCCAUAGAAAGCUUCUUCCCGCUUUGGACUAUUUGGCCAGACAGUACCCAUCAUUCGUUAAGGUCGAUAACCUCCCCUUGGCGACCCUGGAUGACCGAAUGAAUGCAGCUAUUGGCUUGUACGAGGCUGGAUUGCUAAUCACCAAAGAACCACUUUCGCCAAUGGACGAUGCGGUCAGUUCGAGUGAGGAUGAGGAAGAGAGUGAGGGUAGUUCUGAUAACGUGACUCACUCGUUUGAAGAAGACGAGGACACAAUUGAGGAUGAUCCGACGGAUUCGGAUGACCUGGAUCCAGAUGAAUUGGUCGACGAAGAAAGUGAUGAUGAAGACGACGACGAAGAAGAAGACAGCGUGGACGACCUGAGGUUCGAUGAGUCCUAUUCCUCUGAUGAACCAUCUUCCCCUCAGCCUGUGAACUUCAAGCAGAAACAGAAUUCCAUGGCUGCACUGCCAGCUCCGACUAAACAGAGAUCUAAAAACAAGAAACAAACGUCUAAGUGAUGCCCCUUUCCCUCAUUUUCUACCGCUGCAUUUGUACUCUGGCUUGUAUGAUAUGCCAA